AUGGCUAUGAUAAUUGAUGUUUGGAGAAAAAAUUUAUUUUCAAAAAGACUUCCUUACAAACAUAAAGAGUGUGCAAAGCAUGAAAUUCGAAAAUAUUUCAUAGAAAGAAUAGAUGAAACUAUAAAUAAACAUGAAAAAAAUAAA